AUGGAGGAUGUGCCCGCUACAACCUGGAAAGCGUCUCCAGCGACGGCGGGAGCCGAUGAAUCACGCAGUUACCGCCGGAAACCGUUCGCGACGGCAAAUGAUCAUCCCGAUUUUCUUAAUAUAGUAAUCCAACAAGAAGGUGCUGGCCCACCAUCAACCACCACCAGCACAAAGGAGUGGUUAAAAUCCCUGAUGAACGGCGAUCACAACGGUGACGCAGCAGCGCCGGAAAAUGCCCCAUGCAGGACCCGAAUUCAGAGAGUUCCCAAAAUGCUUCGCGAGGUGAAAGCCAACAGAAAAUGCUACUCUCCCGGCGUCGUCUCCUUUGGCCCUUUCCACAGUGACAAAGAGCUCCAAGUAACGGAGAAGACCAAAAUGAAAUGGGCGCGACAUUUCAUCUCCCGCAGCAGUACGACAAACGUCGACGAGUUCUACGCGCGCGUAGAAAAGACCGCCAAAACCACCAGACACUGCUACGAGCACGGCUCCACCGACGCCUUCGACGACGACGCCUUUGCCCGGAUGAUGUUCCUCGACGGCUGCUUCAUUCUCCAGUUCGUUGACUGCUGCGCCGGCGAGACGGGCGAUGACAUGAACAUGAAGAGCCACGACGUCGCUUUCGUCACUCGCGACCUGUUCUUGCUGGAAAACCAGAUCCCCUUCGAGGUGCUCAAGUGUUUGAUGAUCUUAAGAUACGGAAGUUUCGCCGAAGGAAUGCCGAUCCUGCAGGAGUUCAUUAAACAGCGGUUUCAGGUGGGACCGGUGAGCCACCCGGUCGACCCCCUCCACCUGCUCGACCUUUUGCGCAGGAACAAAACUCUUGUUCGGCCAUCACGCCUACGAAAGCCGCCAUGCUACAGGUACAGAUAUCGAUCUGCCAAGAAGCUUGAGUCUGCGGGAAUACACAUCAGGCCUAGAAAAACUCUUCAUCUCACAGAUGUUCGUUUCCAGUCCUAUAGCUUGUCCGCAAAACUUGAACUCCCCCCCAUAGCCAUCAAUAGCCAGACCAAAACCAUUCUUCUGAACUUGGCAGCCUACGAAACAUGCUACAAUGUGGAGGAUCCGUGGGUCACCUCCUACAUAUGUUUCAUGGAUUCACUCAUCGACGAUGUCGAAGACGUCAUGGAGUUGAGCUCCAAUGGCGUAUUUCAUAAUUUGCUCGGCACCAACCAGCAAGUGGCGGACCUCUUCAAUGAUAUGGCAAACAGCUUGAUCCCCGAUCCGAAUAUUUAUUCUCACGCUAAAGAAUGCAUUGAAAGGCAUUUUGAGAAGAAGACGCAAAUCUGGAUGAGAGAGUGGGUGCGCGCUAACUUCACAUUUCUAGCUUUUGUUGGUGCAAUUUCCGCCAUUGUUCUGAGUUGCCUCCAGACUUACUUCACCAUUUUCCCUCGCAAAUAG